AUGGGGAAAUCGCAUCGUAACUUUAUACUUCGUAUUCGUCGAUCGCCAUUGUUCUGGUUUGUAACAGUAUGCUUCUUCUGCACUACAAUGAUCUUUCUGAUGAACGUGUACGUGUUCUCUAAUCCAGCCAAUGCUACGGUUAAACGCGAUGUUCAACCAUUUGCUGGUGGUCUAUUUAAAGGUGCUGCGUCAUUGAAAAUGAAAUUUAAACAUCCAGUGAUAGCAGAUUUGAACAUUAACAAAAAAGAAGCUAAACCUGCAAAAACUAACAGAAGGCUUGUGUUACAAAAGAGAAUGGCCCGAUUAGUGUCAAAAUUACGAGUGUGGCAUCCAAACAUAACAAAAGUAAUGGAGUUACAGUACCAAAUUGAUAAAUACUUGAAUGGAACUGAGUUUAUCUCUUCCCAGGAAAAUACGCCUCUUGGUUCGCUAUACAAUGAUACAUUUUUUAACAAAUCAAUAGUUGUUGAUGACGCCAAGCGACGACUAUUACCGGAAAGAUCACCUUUUGCCAGCAAUAAAAGAUAUAAAACUUGUGCUGUUGUCGGGAACGGUGGAAUAUUGAGAAACAGCAGUUGCGGCCCCGAGAUAGAUGAAUAUGACUUUGUGCUGAGAUCGAACAUGCAGCCACUUGAAGGUUUUGAAGCAGAUGCGGGCAGUAAAGUCAAUUUCACAACUGUUUCUCAGUCUUUGAUGACCACCUAUCGAUUAUUAGAGAAUGAAAAAUUCGUUUUGAAUUUUACAAAUUUAAAUAUAACUAAAUUUAUCACUGCUUUGGAGAAGUAUGGGAGCAGUUAUCUUCUGUGGAUCCCGAACAGUAAAGUCAGCAAUCUGGCUUUUGAAAUACUUCAACUUGUUCAAGAAACUACCAAGUCAAAAGUCAUGUUGUUUAAUUCAAAACAUUCGCAACUGAUACAGCAGUAUUUGAACUUGACUCAACGAAGCAUAUCAACAGGAAUGACUCUGACAAGCAUAGCGAUUUCUCUCUGCGAUGAAAUUCAUCUCUACGGUUUCUGGCCGUUUACCUUCAACUACAAAGGUACGAACUUACCUAUGCAUUAUACUGAAAACUUGCUGUGGUCUACUUACAAAAAAUACCACGAUUUCCCAUCGGAGUUUGUGCAGCUUAUUAAGCUGCAUUACAAAGGUGUGUUACGGCUACAUGUAGAAGAAUGCUAUGACGACGACGGCAACAACGAUGGUUAUGUUGGCAACAAUGACAAAAAAGCCUCAAAUAGCAACACCAUGACAGUACAACAAGGAUAA